CAGGAAAUUCCCUCAGCCCGGAGGGCCCUUUUGUGCAGUUCCGCUAACGCAGCAACCCUCCUGCUAUAUAGACCGGCCACUCUCUGGCUGGACACUGAACUCACCACGGGUCAGCCAGCCAUGGGGAAGAUCACCUUCUUUGAGGACCGAGGCUUCCAGGGCCGCUGCUAUGAGUGCAGCAGCGACUGCCCCAACCUGCAGACCUACUUCAGCCGCUGCAACUCCAUCCGCGUGGACAGUGGCUGCUGGAUGCUCUAUGAGCGCCCCAACUACCAGGGCCACCAGUACUUCCUGAGACGUGGAGAGUACCCCGACUACCAGCAGUGGAUGGGUUUCAGCGACUCCAUCCGCUCCUGCCGCCUCCUCCCCCACCAGACAGCUUCCCACAGAAUGCGGCUGUACGAGAAAGAGGAUCACAAAGGCGUCAUGAUGGAGCUGAGCGAGGAUUGCUCCUGCAUCCAGGAUCGCUUCCACCUCAGUGAGGUGCGCUCGCUGCACGUUCUGGAGGGCUGCUGGGUUCUCUACGAGAUGCCCAACUUCCGUGGCCGGCAGUAUCUGCUGAGGCCUCAAGAGUACCGGCGCUACCACGACUGGGGAGCUGUAGACGCUAAGGCGGGCUCUUUGCGGAGGGUGGUAGAUUUAUACUAAAAUAGGUUAACGCUACCAUUUUCUCAUUUUGGAACCUAAUAAAGUAUUUAGUCUGUAUUGUUGGCAAA